AUGUAUCAAGUGAUAUCCAAGCUCAAAGCUCUAAAGCCAGUUCUAAAAGAUAUUAACAAAGAUGGUUUAUCUGAUAUGCACACGGCUGUCCAAAGAGCCCAAGGUGAUCUAGAAAAUGUGCAACAACAACUACAACAUGAUCCGCUUGAUAUUGAGAUGAUUGAUAGAGAAUUGGCUGCGAGAACUAAGCUAAUCCGAGUGCAGCAAGACUAUUCAACAUUUCUGCAACAGAAGGCUAAGGUCACCUGGAUCCAAAAUGGAGAUUUGAAUACUGCAAUUUUCCAUGCAAGUAUCAAGCAAAGAGCAAGACAUAAUCAGAUUUUCUCUAUUGAAAACCAGCUGGGUUCUAGGAUCAUUGACCCCAAUCUGAUGUCAACAGCAUUUGUUGAUUACUAUAAGGAGUUGCUGGGAACAAGCAUGGCUAACAGAAGGCCUGUCCUCAAGAAGAUAGUUAGCAGCGGUGCAGUUUUGUCUACACAACAAGCUGAAGAUCUGAUGUUGAAUUUUACUAAAGAUGAAGUUAAAGCUGCUCUCCUUGACAUUCCAGGAAACAAGGCCCCUGGUCCAGAUGGUUUCUCGAUCUUUUUCUUCCAAGAUUGCUGGGAGAUAGUGGGAGAUGACAUAUUUCAGGCAGUGACUUCUUUCCUGGAAUCAGAUUUGUUGAGACAUUAUGGGAGGAAGAAUAAUAAACCUUCCUGUAUUAUCAAGUUAGAUCUACAGAAGGCAUAUGACACUAUAGAAUGGGAUUUUCUUGAAGAAAUGUUGCAGGGACUCUUAUUUCCACCUAAGUUCAUUAAACUAGUUAUGAACUGUGUGAGAACACCUCGAUUUUCAUUGAUGUUUAAUGGCACGUUACAUGGAUAUUUUGAGUCAAAAAGAGGUCUUCGACAGGGGGAUCCAAUGUCUCCUCUUCUAUUCGUGUUGGGAAUGGAAUACCUCACCCGAAUAAUGGGGAGAAUAGGUGACAAAGAAGACUUCUAUUAUCAUGACCAAUGUGCAGCCACUUCUCUAAACCACCUAGCUUUCACUGAUGAUGUAUUACUGAUUUGCAAUGGGGAUCUCAAGAGUGUUUAUUAUUUGCUACAAGGUCUCAAGUUAUUUUCUGAAACAUCUGGAUUGAAUCCAAAUGCUACAAAAUCGGCUAUGUACACUUGUAAUAUGCCUGAAGAUCAAGUUAGGAGAAUUAAGGAAUUAUCUGGUUUCCAGCACCAAUCCUUACCCUUUACUUAUUUGGGAGUCCCCAUUGGUGCAAAGAGAAUAUUUGGGAAGGAUUGCGAGAUCCUAGCUGAGAAAAUGACAGCAAGAAUCAAAGUGUGGAGUUCUAGAAAUCUCUCCUUUGUGGGGAGAGUGGUUCUCAUCAAUUCUGUCUUAAUGGCCAUUCACUCUUAUUGGUGUCAGGUAAUGAUUUUACCUAAGAAAGUGGUGUCCAAUAUUGAAGCUAUAUGCAGGAACUUUCUAUGGAAUGCCAAAGCUGAGUACCAUGGGCUAGAUGCAAUUGCUUGGGAUUUUAUUUGCCAACCAAAAGCAGCUGGGGGAAUUGGUUUCAAGGAUAUAAGCUCUUGGAAUAAAGCGGCAAUGGGGAAGUACAUUUGGGCUAUCGCUAACAAAGAAGAUAGUUUGUGGAUGAGGUGGAUUAAUAGUGUCUAUCAUCAUAAUGGUGAUUGGUGGGCCUAUGAAACAUCAAGCCAAACCAGCUGGUAUUGGAGAUGUUUAGUGAGGCUCAAGGAUCAAUUUAAAAUGAUUAACCAGCCCAUGAUGUUGCAGCAGUAUACCAUCUUGGCAGGGUAUAAGUUGCUGGUGCAAAAUCCACCUAAACUUCAGUGGACAAGGCAGGUUUGGAGCCGUCUUAAUGCUCCAAAACACUGCUUCAUAUUAUGGCUUGCAAUGCAUCAACGACUCAAAACCAGAGAUCGACUCUUCAAAAUGAAAAUCAUCACAGAUACAACAUGUAUUUUCUGCUGUGACAGAAUUGAAACUGCUGAACACUUGUUUUUUGCUUGCCCGAGCACACUGAUUUACUUGCAGGAUAUCAAGAACUGGCUCGGAAUGAGAACAAUGCAUACAAAUCUCCCCAACAUCAUCAAAUGGCUAGGAAGAUUGAAGGAAUCAAAAUUCAAGCUGUUGGUUUUUACAGCAGCUAUUGCCGGUUUGGUGUACAGUGUAUGGCAGCUGAGAAAUAGGAUGUUGUGGACCAAAGAAGAGAAAUCAAGCUCAGUACUUCUCAAGGAGUUAAAAACUAGUUUGAAGCUUAGAAUUGAGAUGUUUUGGCCAAAAAAAGUCUCAAAAGUAGACACUCAAUGGUUCCAAACUUUGUAA